GCCUGCCUCCCAGCUGCGUCCGCCGCUGUCCUGUCUGGCCGCCCGGUGUCUGCUCCGCCGCUCCGCGCUCUGCGGCGCUCCCACCCCGAACCCGAAGACUCUGCCUCCUCGUUCACCACCCCCGGCUCCCGGACCCCCCCUCCUCUCCACCCGGUGAAUGCACCAGCGCCGAAAACAUGACGGGCAUCGCCGCCGCUUCUUUCUUCUCUAAUUCCUGCAGGUUCGGGGGCUGCGGUCUCCAGUUCGAGUCUCUCUCCGAGCUCAUCGUCCACAUCGAGGACAAUCACAUCGACACAGAUCCCCGGGUCCUGGAGAAGCAGGAGCAACAGCAGCCCACUUAUCUGGCCCUAAGCUACAUCAACAGGUUCAUGACGGAUGCGGCGCGCCGGGAGCAGGAGACCAUGAAGAAGAAGGCCACGCCCAAACUGUCCCUGUCCAUCACCGGCGGAGUGUCCAGGAACAGCACGGCCACGCCUCCUCGCCACACCAGCGGUAACCUGACACCUCCCGUCACGCCCCCAAUCACCCCCUCCUCCUCCUUCCGCAGCAGCACACCUACAGGCAGUGAGUAUGAUGAGGAGGAGGUAGACUAUGAGGAGUCGGACAGCGAUGAGUCGUGGACCACAGAAAGUGCCAUCAGCUCCGAGUCCAUUCUCAGCUCCAUGUGCAUGAACGGGGGAGAGGAGAAGCCUUUCGCCUGCCCUGUCCCCGGCUGUAAGAAGAGAUACAAGAAUGUGAACGGUAUCAAGUACCACGCCAAGAAUGGCCACCGCACGCAGAUCCGUGUGAGGAAACCCUUCAAGUGUCGCUGCGGCAAGAGCUACAAGACCUCGCAGGGCCUGAGACACCACACCAUCAACUUCCACCCACCCGUCUCCACCGAGAUCCUGCGCAAGAUUCAAGGCUAGAUCCCCUGGUCACACUAGUCAACUACCCCAAACAUAGCCCUAUCCUGACUUUCCUCAUCUGAUCCCUUUUAUACCCGUGCCACACACUAAAGGAUCAAGUGCAUGCUUUAAGUUGUUUUAAUUUAGUUUUUUUUUUUUUCAUCUUUUUUCUUUGUUUGUUAUAUUAUUUUUUUCUAUCCAUGUUAUAUCACCUGUAUUUUUGAAAAAAAAAAGGUAUCUUUGUAGUAUUUUUAAUGUUGUACAUUUGCACAUUCGUAUAUGCUAUCACGUUACUUUUUUCUAUUGUUGGACUUACAUAAGGUGCUAACUGUAAAAAACAACAGAAAGAAAAGACAAAAAAACAAAUGUUAUGAAAGAAGAGAGGGGAAACGCAAACAGAACAUGUGAAACAGGAAGUGCAACCAAGCCCUGCCCCUUUUGCCGCUCGUCUAUAAGCGCUAUGAAGUUGACAUUAGUGCUGAUCUAAGUUCAGCAGUCGCUACACUCCCUUUCUGUUAAAGUUCGCUGAGCUUAGAUCUGUGCCUUCGCAGUAACUUCUGGGGGGUUAAGUGCAAGAGUUAAGUUAUACUUUAAAUAGAUAUAUUGAUAUAAAACAAUAGAUAUGUAUGUGUACAUAAAAAUAUAUAAAAGUAUUCAUGAGCAUAUACAUAAAUAGUUAGACUUUAUUUUCAAGCUUUAUUUUAUAUAUUUUAUCAGUGUUUUAGAUAGUGAUUUUUUUCUAUGUAUCAGUAAGUGUUCCUUUCAUUCCUUAUUUGCUGAGACGGCCAGUUUUGUCACCUCAGAGGUCAAACAGCUAGCUGACUUUCAGUUCCGAAAGUUUGUCUCUCACCACAUUCUAGAGAUUAGAAGCCAAUACGCCUUUCGGUUCGACACGCACUCUGAAUUGCGUGUGAUAUUUCACUGUUGAUCAGGAAGGGAUGCUCAGCGCUGAACGUAUUUGAACACGGCCCAAGCCAGUAAUCCAUAUCUUUAACAUUUCAUCCCCACAGAAAGCCAUCCGUCUAUUUCAUAUCUCCAGUGUUUCCUCAUUCAGAGUGCCAGAGCUGUAGUUCCAGAGAUUCUGCUGUGAAAGCAGGUCAAGCAUCAUACUGUAUUCCGGUUGCCAAGAUCUUUGAUGUUGUUUUGUUUUUCCAUGAUUGUUGCCAACAGCUCUCCACUGCCAAACAUUGACCAUACCAUGUGCCUGA